UCUUCUCUCUUGUUCUUGAAUGUUGCGCUUUUGUUAUAUCAUUUUCCAUGGAUGGACCUUGACCUCUGCUUCCCUUCUCUCUCCUGAUUUCGUUCGUGCACUCACUCUCUCUCUCUCUUCGUUAGUUUGAUCUUCUACUGUGUUCCGUCUUCUCUCUCCAGAUAAAAAGACAAGUUGUGUAGCAAACAAAGAGAUCUCAUGUCUUAUCGAUUGGAAAGUGUGGACAAGGAGGGUUUGGGUACAUCACCUGGUCUGAAGGAACGCAACUACUUCGGUUUGUCUGAUUGCUCCUCUGUUGACAGCUCAACCAUUCCCAGUGCUGACAAGAAGAGCAGCAGCCUCAACUUCAAAGCUACAGAGCUAAGGCUGGGUCUUCCUGACUCUCAAUCUCCUCAGAGAGAAACUGAUUUCGGUUUGCUGAGUCCGAGAACUCCUGAUGAGAAACUUCUCUUCCCGCUGCUCCCUUGCAAAGACCAUUCUGCUUCAGGCAACAAAAGAGGAUAUCUUGCUAAGAGUGGCUCCAACAAUGCACCUGCUGCCAAGGCACAGGUUGUUGGUUGGCCUCCAAUCAGAUCCUUCAGGAAGAACACAAUGGCUUCUUCUACUUCCAAGAACACUAAUGAGGUUGAUGGGAAACCUGGUCUCGGCGCUCUGUUUGUGAAGGUGAGCAUGGAUGGUGCUCCCUAUCUGAGGAAAGUUGAUUUGGGAACCUACACUUGCUAUCAACACUUGUCUUCUGCACUUGAGAAGAUGUUCAGCUGCUUCACUCUUGGUCAAUGUGGACUUCAUGGAGCUCAUGGGAAGGAAAGAAUGAGUGAGGUGAAGUUGAAGGAUCUUCUUCACGGAUCAGAGUUUGUGCUUACUUAUGAAGACAAAGAUGGUGACUGGAUGCUUGUUGGAGAUGUCCCUUGGGAGAUAUUUACUGAAACGUGUAGGAAAUUGAAGAUCAUGAAGGGCUCUGAUUCUAUUGGUUUAGCUCCAAGUGCAGUGGAGAAAUCGAAGAACAAAGAUUGAGAGGCUCAAAACAAAACAUUAUGCACAGUUCCUCCAAUGUUUCAGUCUUCUUAAACUGAUGUGUGUUUGAAAACUCUUGUCAUCUAGUCUUUUACUAAUCUGUGUUUGUUAAGACUUCGGAAUCUCUUUUGUGCUUGUUUAGAACAAAUACACUUGCUCUGAUGUGUGUUCAGUUUUAAUUUUCAAGACUUAUAUUUAUGUUUCAAAA